GAGGGAACGAGGGAGGGAGGGAGGAAGGGAGGGAGCGGAGCAGCGAGGCAGGAAACCCGGGCGCAGGUGACACGGCGCGAGGUUGCUCCGGAGCCGGGAGCGGAGCCGGGAGCGGUGCCGGGCCAUGCACGUCAAUGGCAAAGUGGCGCUGGUCACGGGCGCGGCGCAGGGCAUCGGGCGCGCCUUCGUGCAGGCGCUGCUGGACAAGGGCGCCAAGGUCGCGCUCCUGGACCGCAACCGCGAGGCCGGGCGCGACAGCAAGGCCGCCCUGGACGCGCUCUUCGAGGCGCAGCGCACCCUCUUCAUCCAGUGCGACGUGACCGAGCCCGAGCAGCUGAAAGGUGCCUUUGAAAAAGUAAUUGAACAUUUUGGAAGGCUGGAUAUAGUGGUUAAUAAUGCUGGAGUGAAUAAUGAAAAGGACUGGGAAAGCACUAUACAAAUUAACUUGACAUCGGUGAUUAGAGGAACCUACCUUGGCCUAGAAUAUAUGAGAAAAGGAAAUGGAGGUGACGGUGGAGUAAUCAUUAAUAUCUCAUCCCUGGCAGGACUCAUGCCUGCUGCAUUCCAGCCAGUGUACUGUGCUACAAAACAUGGCGUAAUUGGAUUCACACGAUCAAUAGCAUUAGCUGCUAGUAUGGAAAACUAUGGUGUGAGACUCAACACUAUUUGUCCAGGAUUUGUCAACACACCAAUUCUUCAGUCAAUAGAUAAAGAAGAGAAUAUGGGACAAUAUUAUUCAUACAAGGAUGAGAUCAAAAAUAUGAUGCAGUUCUAUGGUGUGAUGGAUCCAUCAAUAAUUGCCGAAGGACUGAUAACAAUAAUUGAAGAUGAUACUCUAAACGGAGAAGUUAUGAAGAUUACAGCAUCACAAGGGAUUCAUUUUCAACAAUACAACCAAUUGCCUUUUUCACCAUCAAAGAGAUAAAAGUAAUUGUUUUAUGCCUUUUUUGUUUGCUUUUAUUAAAUAUAAUUUUUGGAUAUAUAUUUUUUGAACAAAAGUCACGUAGAGCAGUGAAACUAUUAAAACAGUUGCAGUCAAUAACAAAGAUGGAAGAGAAAAUCUAAUGUAGGAAGGCAUUACUAUCUUAUUUUGAUUCUUUAUGCACUAUCAGGGUUUACUUUUUUUAAGUAGAAUAAGCGCACUGCUCUGCAAAUUUUUAAUUAUGCACAAGUGGGGAUCAGAUUUUUCCUUUUGGUAGUUCUGUGCAAUUAUAUGAUCUGCAUACCCCAAGCAUAUUUUGGUGGACCUGAUUUACUUUGUAUAAUUCCUUUAGUGUAAUAAACAUGUACUUAUUUACAUCCUGAAUUCUUCAUGCCAGGAAUUCAGUUGAGGACUCCAGAACACAGGUAUACCUAUAAGGAGUC